AUGACGAAGAGUCUGGGUCAAACUGCCGAGGAGAUCAAAAAAAAAAAAAGAAAACGAAGAAAGUCACUACAGGUUUCCUCUAUGAAUUAUGAUACCUAUGCGCACUUGAGUGCAUUCCCCCAAAUCUGUCAGACUUUUCAACUCGACUUCAACUUUCCUGACCGUCGCGCUCUUCACUUUCGCAUGCGGAAGCGAUGUUGUUGCUUUUAUGGGAGUAAAUCCGUCGAAAUGGCAAAGCCGGACUCUUCAUACGUGGUACGGGUUUGCAAUUGUGUUGAUCAUAUCUGUAGUGCUAUGCCAACUUGUAUCCCAGCAGUCUCCACCUGAUUGUGCGUUCUGUUUGUGUGUCCAAGAAUCGGCUCCUUUUCUUGGUCUGGCUCGUUCGCCUCGUUCUUCUUGGCGUCUUGAUUUAGUAUGUUGUACUAACUCCGUACUACAAAAAGAUAGGACCUGCUUGGACAUUCCUGAUACCCUUCAGGAACAAUUGCGAUCGCUUUCAGGAGGCGCUCACCGAACACGAUCAAAAUGUUAACCUCGGUGAUGUUGAUGACGGAUCGAUGAAGAUGACGGCCUACCAGAUCCCACGUGUUCGCAGAAGAAACUUAAUGAGAUUCAGAGGCUUAAUCAAUUUCAAUCUACAUCAACAGCAUCGUUUAUUUGUAC